AGUGCGCCUGCGCACCCUCCUCUGUGUUGAGUUUUCUCCAACCUGAGGAGCAGCUAGCGACCCUCCACUGGCGUUGGCUAAUUCGGCUUAGUAUUGAGGGUGGUCGUGGGAUCCAAAACGCGACGUGCUGUGCGUAUUUUCCUCACGGACGGGAAGGAACGGUUACGAUAAGAAAGGCCGAGGAGUCAGCCUCACCACGCUUGGGCAAGUCCAAUGCAGAAAAUAUGAGUAAACGGUAUAAUUAUCUUGGCUGGCCAAAUCCCUUAACGCCACAGACAACACCAGCAACAACAUCCAUGUUACUGGCUCCUGCUGCAAUCCUGCUUUGGUUCCGGAGCUACAAUUAAAAGGGACUAGCCUGUCUGCUAUUGUUCCUUUUAUUUUGGGAAAGGACGAGGUUUUGUCUCCAGGCGCUCAUAUACGCGAAUACCAGUCUCACAGCUUUAUGCUGUAAACGCAAAUAAUCCACCAGUCUGUUAGUUGGAUGUUUACGCUUUAAAAUGGCUGCUGAACGGGAUAUUUUGGACUAGAAUGAAGAUCUAGAAUAAGAUGCCGUGAGUGUUAUAUCUUGUCCGUAAGACUUUUCUUAUAGGGGACAAUGCGCCGCUUCCAACAUUUUUGAAGCAUUGUGCGCUUAAGAGAAUUUUCCACCCGUAACUGCAGGAGGUAACGUAGGACAUUCCUUCUGUUGUUCGAAACACAAUGAGGCGAGCCAUCAUUUAUACCUGUAGUCAUAUUUGAAUAUUUGUAUUCAUCGCUAAUACACGGAAUUUUCUUUAGUAUGUGUUCGUCGUUGGAAUGGUUGAGUUAUAGCGUUCGCCGAGUCCUGUAACAGUGUAGAUUAUGUCUGACAGAAUUUUCCUGAUCAGUUUCUGAAUGGAUCCCCCAGCUAAUUGAAACAGUCUGGGUACCACGAAAGAGACUCGGCUUCGCCUCUACUCAUCAGAAGGCCUUGCUCGCUGCCUCCACACAGCAGGAAAAUGGAUGGUGGGAAAAUGCUAAGAACUGAGCUGCUUUUUCUUAGACAGAGGACAUACACGAGCUCUGGACUGCAGGACGUCAACAGAUAUUUAUUGUUGUGCGUUAUGUUCUACCUGGUGCUCGUCACGCACGCCUCUCCGUCGAAAACCUGUGACAAAAACUGUCUCUCCGGGAAAUGCAUCAAUGGGACAUGCGUUUGCGACCGAGGAUGGGUAGGAGACCAGUGUCAACACUGUCAGGGCCGAUUCAAGUUGACGGAACCUUCGGGGUACCUCACCGACGGCCCAAUCAAUUACAAGUACAAAACCAAAUGCACCUGGCUGAUCGAAGGAUACCCAAACGCGGUCCUGAGGCUACGCUUCAACCACUUUGCCACCGAGUGCAGCUGGGACCACAUGUACGUCUACGACGGAGACUCCAUCUACGCCCCCCUGGUGGCCGUGUUCAGUGGCCUAAUCGUACCAGAGGUGCGUGGCAACGAGACCGUUCCAGAGGUGGAGACCACUUCGGGCUAUGCACUCCUCCACUUCUUUAGCGAUGCUGCCUAUAACCUCACCGGCUUCGAGAUCUUCUACUCGAUAAACUCGUGUCCGAACAACUGCUCGGGCCACGGCAAGUGCACAACGGGCAACUCCAUCGCCAGCCGCGUGUACUGCGAGUGCGACGAGUACUGGAAGGGCGAGGCCUGCGACAUCCCCUACUGCCGCAACAACUGCGGCAGCCCCGACCACGGCUACUGCGACCUGACCGGCGAGAAGCUCUGCGUGUGCAAUGACAGCUGGCAAGGUCCUGAUUGUUCGCUGACCGUCCCGUCCACCGAGUCCUACUGGUUCAUGCCCAGCGUGAAGCCCUCCGGGACGUCGCUGGGCCGGGCGUCCCACAAGGCCGUAGUGCAGGAGAAGGUCAUGUGGGUGGUGGGCGGCUACACCUUUAACUACAGCUCCUUCCAGAUGAUCCUCAACUAUAACCUGGAGAGUGGCAUCUGGAACACUGUGCCUAUCAGCAGCGGACCCCUGCCGAGAUACGGCCACUCCCUCGCCCUUUACCAGGAUGACAUCUACAUGUUUGGCGGGAAGCUAGAGAUGGGCUCAGGCAACGUGACGGACGAGCUGUGGGUCUUCAGCAUCCCAAGUCGGACGUGGUCUCAGAGGUCGCCGUCGACGCAGGCGCACACGGGCCAGGUGUUCGCCGCGGAGGGCCACUCGGCCCACGUGGCGGAGCUGGAGAACGGCGACCCGGUCAUGGUGGUCAUCUUCGGCUACUCGUCCAUCUACAGCUACAUCAGCAAUGUGCAGGAGUACAACAUCAGGACGAACGAGUGGCAGAUCCCGGAGACUCGGGGGGCGAUUGCUCUGGGCGGCUACGGCCACAGUAGCGUGUACGACCCGGGCAGCAAGUGUGUGUUUGUCCAUGGCGGCUACAAGUCUCUGCCCAACAAGAACAACAACAAAUAUGGCCUGGUGGACGACCUGUACCGCUACGAAGUCCCCACGCGCACAUGGACGAUCCUGAAGGAGAGCUCUUAUCCCCGCUACCUGCACUCCGCCGUGCUUCUGGGUGGAACCCUCCUCAUCUUCGGAGGAAACACCCACAACGACACGUCGCUGAGUAACGGGGCCAAGUGCUUCUCCACCGACUUUCUGGCAUAUGACAUCGCUUGUGACGAGUGGAAAGUCCUUCCCAAACCGAACCUCCAUCGUGACGUGAACCGCUUUGGACACUCGGCUGUAACCAGUAACGGGUCCAUGUAUGUGUUUGGGGGCUUCUCCAGUGUGCUCCUGAACGACGUGCUCGUCUACCGACCCCCAAACUGCGAGGCCUUCCCGGACGAGAAGCGGUGCGUGAACGCUGGCCCCGGGGUCCGCUGCGUCUGGAGUCGGAACCGCUGUGUCUUCUGGGAGCCGGGCCCCGUCAAUGGCACCUUGCCCGCGUCCUUUUGCCCUCUGAAACCCGCCCCCAUUGACGAGCGCUGCUAUCGUUUCUCGGACUGCGCCAGCUGCACCUCCAACACCAACGGCUGCCAGUGGUGCGAUGAGAAGAAGUGCAUCUCGGCCGGGAGCAACUGCUCCAUGCCGGUGAAGAACUUCACCCGGUGCACGUUGAGGAACGAGCAGAUCUGCGCCAAGCUGGUCAACUGCAAGAGCUGCUCCCUCAACCGCAACUGCCAAUGGGACGCCCAGCAGCAGGAGUGCCACGCCCUCCCAGCCCAGCUCUGCGGGGAAGGCUGGAGCCACGUCGGCGAGGUGUGCCUGCGCAUCAACUCCAGCCGCGAGAGCUACGACAACGCGCAGCACUACUGCAAGAACCUGGACGGCAGCAUCGCCUCCCUCACCAAGGCCAAGCAGGUGGACUUCGUCCUGGAGGAGCUGCAGAAGUACCAGCUGCAGGAGAAGAAGCUGUCGCCGUGGGUCGGCCUGCGCAAGAUCAACGUGUCGUACUGGGCGUGGGAGAACACGGCGCCCUUCACCAACACCUCGCUGCAGUGGCUGGCCGGCGAGCCCAGCGACUCUGGCUUCUGCGCCUACCUGGAGCUGAGCGACAGCACGGGCCUCAAGGCCAACGCCUGCACCGCCACCACGGACGGCCUCAUCUGCGAGAAGCCCGUCGUGAGCCCCAAUCAGAAUGCCCGCUCCUGCAAGAAGCCGUGCUCGCUGCGCACCAGCUGUGCCAACUGCACCAGCCAGACCAUGGAGUGCAUGUGGUGCGCCAGCACCAAGCGCUGCGUCGACUCCAACGCCUACGUCAUCUCCUUCCCCUACGGCCAGUGCCUGGAGUGGCAGACCGGCGAGUGUGUGUCUCAGAACUGUUCGGGGCUGCGGACGUGCAGUAAGUGCCUGGAGCAGCCGGAGUGCGGAUGGUGCGGUGACCCCAGCAACACGGGCCGUGGCCAGUGCAUGGAGGGCUCGUACCGCGGGCCCAUGCGGAGCCCGGCCAAGCUCAACCAGGCCCAGGGCCAGCAGGGUCUCUCGCUCACCCACAGCCAGGACAUGGUGCUGGAGCCGGCCCUCUGCCCCAAAGACAAGGGCUUCGAGUGGGCCUUCAUCCAGUGCCCGGCCUGCCAGUGCAAUGGCCACAGCACCUGUGUCAACGGCAGUGUUUGCGAGCAGUGCAGAAACCUCACCACUGGAACUCAGUGCGACACCUGCAUGCCCGGUUACCACGGAGACCCAACCAACGGAGGAAAGUGCCAAGCCUGCAAGUGCAACGGCCAUGCCAACGUGUGCCAGGUGAUGACUGGCAAGUGUUACUGCACCACCAAGGGGAUCAAAGGGGAUCAGUGCCAACUAUGCGACUCAGAGAACCGUUACCUUGGCAACCCCCUGAGGGGAACCUGUUACUACAACCUGCUGAUCGACUACCAGUUCACGUUCAGUCUGCUCCAGGAGGACGACCACUACUACACCGCCAUCAACUUCAUGGCCCAGCCUGAACAAACCAAUAAGAACUUGGAUAUGUCCAUCAAUGCCUCCAAUAAUUUCAACCUUAACAUCACCUGGUCGGUUGGAUCAACAGCUGGAACCAUCUCUGGUGAGGAGGUCCCCAUCGUCUCCAAGACGAACAUCAAAGAGCACCGAGACAGCUUCUCCUCCGAGAAGUUCAGCUUCCGGAGCAACCCCAACAUCACCUUCUACGUCUAUGUCAGCAACUUCUCCUGGCCAAUCAAAAUCCAGAUCGCCUUCUCCCAGCACAACAGCAUCAUGGACCUGGUGCAGUUCUUUGUGACGUUUUUCAGCUGUUUCCUGUCUCUCUUGCUGGUGGCUGCAGUCGUGUGGAAGAUCAAGCAGACCUGUUGGGCGUCUCGUCGACGUGAGCAACUGAUGCGGGAGCGUCAGCAAAUGGCGAGUCGGCCCUUUGCGUCCGUGUCUGUGGCUCCAGAGGUGGGCUGUGAGUACGUGAAGCUGCUGCAGGGAGGCUCUGAGGGUCCCCCCAAACCUGUUGCCAUGGAGCCAUGUUCAGGGGGCAAGGCGGCGGUGCUGACGGUGCUCAUCUGUCUCCCACGCAGCCCCUCUGGAGUCCCACCACCUGGCCAAUCAGGCAUCGCCAUAGCCAGCGCCUUGAUUGACACCUCCCAGCAGAAGCCCAUGGACUUCAAGGAGAAGAGCCAGGGUCUGAAGAACCGCAAAGCCCUUCCACCAGCACACCAGGGCACAUGUGUCUGAGUCUCUGCUCUCCCUUGCUGCCCUCCUCCCAUGAUGGGGGUAGAGGGUGGAGGGCUCACCCUUUUUUGGCCAAACUAACCCACCACUGCAGCCUCUCCAGCUGCUGCCUCUGUGUGUUGAUGAGAAAGAGAGGGAGAAACAGAGAGGCCCCCAUUUAAGUGAUGGGGGACCCAUUCAGUAGCAGAGUGUUUUAAGCCCUCAUCUGUCCCUCCCCCCCCCCCCCCCCCACACACACACACACACACCUUUGACUCCAUCUCUACCCUUUCACCACAUCUGCUGUUUCACCUCUUCUCUCCGAGCUGUCAAUCAAAGUCCCCUCUUUUCCUGUCUCAUCCUCCUCUUCCUCCUUCUCUUCGUCCUCAUCAGUCAUCUUGGUCAGAUAUUGCCCUCGUGUCUUAAGUGCAUCUACACCUGCAUCUGAUUCACCGUAUGCUUUUGCUAUCUCCGACAUCCUGAAAAUGCCCCCCGACAUUCAACCACAGUUCAUAUCCAGGGAACUCCAACUUACACUCCAAAUGUGGCUCUGUUCUGCCUGCACCUUGACGGCCUGGGGGGGGACCUUCACCCUCAAAUCCCUACUUCCCCAAGGCUUAGGGGGCAUAACCCCUUGCAUCAGGGACUCGAGUACCUACCCACUCUGGCUGCGAUUGAUCACCACCGAGAUGUGCAAGUUCAAUAGUGGGUGCCAGGAUGUUACACCUGGGACCAAUCAUCCCAGGACGCCCCUAUUUUUUUGUCGUUGAUGUUUCAUCAAUAGAUGAUCCCAGAAUUUGCUGUGAUGCACAAUUAGCUCUGGAGGCAGGAAGGUUAAAUACAGCCUUGUGUUGAGAGAAUGCACAGAGGGAGGAAAAAUGUAAAUGCUUACGACUAGCAGUUUUUUGCUGUGGUUCCUAGGUCAGUACCAUGGACACUGAAAACAUAUUGUCAAGUGGUUUUUAUUUAACACUCCUGUUUGCUUGCCAAUUAGCCACUUUGUUGUUUUUUUCCCCCUACCGAGCCACUUAAUCACUCUUGUAUUUCUAGCUAUUACAUCUCAUUUUAUUUAAUUAAAAACAAUUGCGUCUGUGUAGCGACUGAACGCUAUCACAAUCCUUUUAAGCUAAGCAAAGUUAAGCUGUUGGUUGCUUUGUUCAAGGGAGAGAGUGAACACACAGUUCUACCAUUCUUUGAUGGCUUGCAUAUACACACCUACGUACUCACUCACACAUACAUGUGAACACACAACAAGAUUGUGAGUGCUAAACAAGUUUGUCACCAGCUUUUUGUCCUCAUUUAUGUGAGUGUAGAUAAAAGCAUCUGGAUUGACACACACACACACACACACACACACACCAAUAUACUUAAACAGAAUGUAAAGUACUAUACGCUGCACACGGUGUGUCUGUACGUGCUGUUGAUGUCCAUCGCGUUGCCUGACGUCUUUGCAAGAUGCAAAUAAGCGCUGGUGCUCUUACAGCUAGUGUUCCAUUCGAUCAUCGGAUCACUGAACAAAAGGGGGUUGUGGGGUGGAGACGAAGUUCUCUGACAGACUCAGUGACCCCAACACUCAACGAGCUAACGCCGCUCUGAGGGGCAAGGGCCGUCAGUCAACACGUCCUCUGUGUCAUCGGCACAGCAAGAAAUGAAGGGAGACUUAUGUUUGAACAAUAACAAAAUAAGAAGAGAAAGAAAUGGCAGCCCCACUUACAAAUGAACAUGGAGGGCUUUUGUUUUGAUUUGUCUGGUUUGUUUUGUUUUUGUUCUUUUUUUGGCUUGUAUGUUUAUGAUGUAAAGCAGGUAAAAUAUCGUGCCUGUUGUGUAAUAUUCUGUUUAUAUUAUGCCGUGGAUCUCCAGAGAAGCUGUUACAGUGGAUGAUUUAUAAUGUGUUUUUUUGUUGUUUUGUUUGUGUCUGUUGGUUGGCCUUUGUUUUCUCUUGACAAAGUUCGGUACAGGUCUAUUAUAAGGGCAUAUCCCGCCUUUGCAUUGUGGGCUGGUCAUGUCUCCAACAAGUUCACUCUGGAGGCCUGUUUGGCACAGGAAUGCCCCCCGCCCCCCCUCCCCCGACUCCACAAUUUUAAGACACUCAGUGACCUCCCUCUGGCCUGACUCGAAUGUUCUGGAAGGACUCUCAGAUUUGGGACAUCCCCGCCUGAUUAGGUGGACGGUCCACAUCAGUGGACCUUCUGGCUUGCUGCUUCAGUCAGCCCUAAAGAGACCUUGUACAUAAAGGGGAAAGGGGCUUUGAUUGGCUGUCUCUUCGUCUCCAUGGGAACACUGAGGAUAUGUACAGCACGCCCUACAUGUUUGUAUUACAUGGACCUAAAAACAUGUGAAUCAAAUGUGAAUCUGUUGCUAUUCACGUAGCUACUCUAAUUCUGUCUUUUUUUGUUUUGUUUUGUUUCUUUCCUUGCUGUUUUUAAUUAAAAAAAAUAUUAUGAGGACAACAUUUAUUUUAGAGCCCAACCUCUGUAUUAUAUCUCCGAUGAUGACAGUGAUGAAAAAAAAACAAUGUCUUUUACAAUGUUUGUGACGAAAGAAAAAAAGUAAUGUUGUUUGUUUUCAUAAUGGAUCAACUCCUGUGUACUAUCACUGUUAUUAUACUUUUAGUUUAUUAACAUUUUUUUGUAUUUACAAUGUCACUCAGUAGUUGCUGCUGUGCAACUGUUCCGGUAUGGAGCACUUGGGCAUUGUAAAGUUUUUCUUCUGUUCAGAUUGUAAUAUUGUAGUAAUAGUGUACAUGUCAUUUUGACCUUAUUAAAGCCUAUUUGCCGAUGUGAAAUGGUAUGAUUUUGUAAUUACACAGUUAUUAACACCUUUUCACUGUUAUUACACAACUUUCAAUGGAAACACUGACUGUUUUGUGUUGAUGGAUAAAGUUAACAUUCCUGCGAUGCACAUGAUUGAUCUGAUGUACUUUAACUAUGGACAGAUGAACAAAUAAAACACCUGAACAUUCUUUA